UGCCUCGCGGGGUUAUGUAACGGUGCCGCAGGAUAAUCGGCGGAUACGCGAUACCCGAUGGCGUUACGGCAGUCCGCGGCCAGACUGCUCUCGGCAGCCGGUGAAGCUGGUGUGUCUAUCGUUGGUGCAGCUGGCGUUUCCACACAGUCAGAAGCGAGUUGCCUUUCGGCCAUGGCACGGAUCAUACCGGGAAUAUUUAAGCACUCGCGCUGCCGCAACGGUGUCUACCCGCAGAGUGACGUCCGGCGGUAUCCGGUGCCGGACGAGUCCGUGUUCUGGUCGCAAAACUACUCCGACUAUCAGCCACCGGUUCACGAGUCACCCGUGCUGCAGGGCAAAGAGUGGGCUGAUUUGGAUGUCGAAGACCCAGCGUUCGCUGCGAAAUGGAACGAGCUGGAUGGCAAGGUCAACCGCGUUAGCUUCGUCGGGACGUACGAAAUACGCGACAGCUGUCCGCUGAAUCCGUUCGGUCGCACGGGAAUCCGCGGACGAGGUAUCCUAGGCCGGUGGGGCCCUAACCAUGCGGCCGAUCCAGUCGUGACGCGGUGGAAGCUGGACGAAGCCGGCCAACCCGUACAGCACCCGGCUAGUGGCAAGCGCAUCCUGCAGAUGUGUGCCAUCGAGCGGCAGGAUUGUGGCGAGUGGGCCAUCCCGGGCGGUAUGGUCGAUCCGGGCGAGAAGGUGAGCGCCACGUUGCGCCGCGAGUUUCUCGAGGAAACGAUGGAUAACGACGCCGGCGAGAUGGCGGGCGAGGUGGAGCAGUUUUUCGCGGCCGGCACCGAAAUCUACAAGGGAUACGUGGACGAUCCGCGCAACACGGACUGCGCCUGGAUGGAGACGGUGGCGGUGAACUUCCACGACGAGUCGGGUUCGGUCGUCGGACGGUUUCCGCUGCACGCGGGUGACGAUGCGGCCAAGGUGCGCUGGAUGGAUGUUGGCGAGGAGGUGAAACUGUACGCCAGCCACUCGAACAUCGUGAAGCGCGUGGUCGAUAUGCUCGAGGCGCACUGGUGAAGCGCACCAUAAAAAUGUGGGCGGGUUUCUGGGUUCAGGGAAAACGCGCAUCACUCCAAAGGGGUGGGCCCCACGAUUUACAC